AUUUUUGCCUUGACAGAGGUGCUCUGGAUUAUCAGACCUCCAUGUAUGACAAUUUGUACCUGCAUGGAAUUGAAGACUCCGAGGCUGGCUCAGCGGAUUCCUACACAAGCAGGCCGUCUGACUCCGAUGUCUCCUUGGAAGAGGAUCGGGAAGCAAUUCGGCAGGAGAGAGAACAACAAGCCGCUAUCCAGCUUGAGAGAGCAAAGUCCAAGCCUGUAGCAUUUGCUGUGAAGACGAACGUGAGCUACUGUGGUGCCUUGGAUGAGGAUGUGCCUGUUCCGAGCACGGCCAUUUCCUUUGAUGCCAAGGACUUUCUCCACAUUAAAGAGAAAUAUAACAAUGAUUGGUGGAUAGGAAGGCUGGUGAAAGAGGGCUGUGAGAUUGGCUUCAUCCCAAGUCCGCUUAGACUGGAGAACAUACGGAUUCAGCAAGAACAAAAAAGGGGACGUUUUCACGGAGGGAAAUCCAGUGGAAACUCUUCUUCAAGUCUUGGAGAAAUGGUAUCAGGGACAUUUCGAGCAACACCCACAUCAACAGCAAAACAGAAGCAAAAAGUGACGGAGCACAUUCCUCCUUACGAUGUUGUGCCAUCCAUGCGUCCCGUGGUGUUAGUGGGGCCGUCACUGAAGGGUUAUGAGGUAACAGACAUGAUGCAGAAAGCCCUCUUUGAUUUCCUGAAGCACAGGUUUGAUGGGAGGAUAUCAAUAACAAGAGUGACAGCUGACAUUUCUCUUGCUAAGAGGUCUGUCCUAAAUAACCCCAGCAAGAGAGCAAUAAUCGAACGUUCGAACACUCGGUCCAGCUUAGCGGAAGUACAAAGUGAAAUUGAAAGAAUCUUUGAGUUGGCAAGAUCUUUGCAACUGGUUGUUCUUGAUGCAGACACAAUCAAUCACCCAGCACAACUUAUAAAGACUUCUUUAGCACCAAUUAUUGUUCAUGUAAAAGUCUCAUCUCCAAAGGUUUUACAGCGGUUGAUUAAAUCUAGAGGAAAGUCCCAAAGCAAACACUUAAAUGUUCAACUGGUAGCAGCUGACAAACUUGCACAAUGUCCCCCAGAAAUGUUUGAUGUUAUACUGGAUGAAAAUCAGCUGGAAGAUGCAUGUGAACAUCUGGGAGAGUACCUUGAAGCCUACUGGCGUGCUGCCCACACAACCGGUAGCACCCCCAUGACCCCUCUGCUCGGGAGGAAUUUGGGUUCAACUGCACUCUCACCAUAUCCCACAGCAAUUUCCGGAUUACAGAGUCAGCGUAUGAGGCACAGCAACCACUCCACGGAGAACUCUCCAAUUGAAAGACGAAGUCUAAUGACCUCUGAUGAAAAUUAUCACAAUGAACGGGCUCGGAAGAGUAGGAACCGCUUGUCUUCCAGUUCCCAGCAUAGCCGAGAUCAUUACCCUCUUGUGGAAGAAGAUUACCCUGACUCAUACCAGGACACAUACAAACCCCAUAGGAACCGAGGAUCGCCUGGGGGAUAUAGCCAUGACUCCCGACAUAGGCUUUGAGUCUGGAGAAGCAAACAAAAAAUUCAUCUGUUGACAAUUUGCCAUAGCACUGCUAGGAUAAACCAAUCAUCUUAACUUGGCAAGUACAGCACAGUAUUUACUGUGCUUAUGGGCUGUUGUCAUUUGAUGCUAAAUAAGGGGCAAAAAAAAAAA